AUGACGGAAACAGAAUCUACUGCGACAUUUGAGUCGCUUGGACUCAGUAAACCCCUCCUCGAUGCUGUAGAAAAACUGGGAUACAAGCAACCCACCUCAAUACAGCAGCAAUGCAUACCUCCCGCCCUUGAGGGGAGAGACAUCAUCGGUCUUGCUCCUUGGCAAAACAGCUGCUUUCGCCAUUCCAAUUCUACAAAAACUUCUGGGAUGCACCCCAAGGUCUUUUUGCUUGCCUCUCGGGGCCGGUAUGGGUGUUCGCGCAUUGCCAAACGGCCUCAUAUUCUAGUUGCCACGCCAGGUCGGAUUGCAGACCAUCUCAGGAAUACGAAAGGCUUUAGUUUGCGUACUCUCAAGUUCAUGGUCCUAGACGAAGCUGAUCGGCUAUUGGAUCUUGACUUUGGUACACAUCUUGAUGAUGUGCUCAAAGCUGCGCCAAAGCAGCGAACAACAUACCUCUUUUCCGCGACAAUGACAACUAAAGCUGUCAAAGUUACAACGCGCCAGUCUAACAGACCCAGUGCGUAUAGAGACUUGCGUCAUCACAUCACACGGUCUCUACCCUUCUACAGUACUACGUACUUGUAUCCCAUCAUUCAUAGGGAGGCAUUACUUGUCUCUCUGAUUAAUUCGUCGUUGAGCAACUCAAUUAUUGUCUUCGUGCGCACUAUUCACGACGCGCAUAGCGGUAUCAUCAUUCUACGCACGCUCAACUUCGAUGUGGUCCCCCUUCACGGUGAUCUUACACGAAGUCAACGCAUGGGGACUUUAGCAAAAUUUCGCAGUGGUGACAAAAAGAUUUUGGUGGCGACGGAUGUCGCAAGUCGUGGUCUGGAUAUUCCACUCGUGGAUCUCGUCAUCAACUUCGACGUACUAGGACAUUCUAAAGAUUACAUUCAUCGUGUCGGGCGAACAGCACGUGCCGGUCGCGCAGGAAAGGCUAUCAUGAUAGUCACUCAGUACGACGUCGAACUGCUGCAGCGACUAGAAUGUUUGUUGGGCAAGAAACUUGAGGAAUGGCCUACAGACAAGGAGGAUGUAAUUGCUAUGCACCCUACGGUUGAUGAAGCAGGACGAAACGCAGCAAACGAAUUGAGAGAAGCUGGGAAGCAACAAAGAGCCGCAAACGGCAUUGAAGAGGUUUCACUCCUUCGUGGUUCAACCCAGGCACGACGUAACAAGAAGGCAUCAUUGAUAAUCCCAUGGUUUCAUCGUGGUAGUGGGGGACUGAAGAACGCCAACGGCAUCUGUGUACCCUCCUGGGCCUAA